AUCAGGAAAAACAGCGAAAAUGAUGAGCAAUGAAGAAGAAAUAAACUCCUACCAAACUACAACUGAAAAAGAAAACAAUGAAGUCACCAAUAAAGACGGUGACGAAGAUUUCAGCAUGGAUGGUUUUAAUUAUACGGCGGCGGAAGCUUUCAUUCAAGGAUUAGCUGGCCUUGUUAAUCAAAGUGAUGUGGAAAACAUAAUCAGAGCACAAAAACAAAUGUUACAGCGUUUUGAGAAAACCAAUGAAAUGCUGUUGAAUUGCAACGCCCUAUCGCAGUCACGUCUGAAACAGGCCUCCGAUGAUUUCAAGCGACACUGUAAAGUACUGGCUGACAUGAAAAAAGAUUUAGAUUAUAUUUUUCGAAAGAUAAGAUCGAUUAAGCAGAAACUAAGUCAUCAAUAUCCUCAGGCAUAUGCUGAAGCCCCACAACCACAGCGUAGCAGUUUGGCUGAAGAAGCUGAGGAUGAGACAGAAAUGCGUAAAAAUAAAGAAAAAUCACAGGCCGACAAUGCAUCGUCCUCCACCUCUGCGAGUAAGCCACAGAAAUCAACUACUACAGUGGAAUAUGUUCAAAUGGAAGAGACCAUCGAUAAUGGUAAACCCAUUGAAAAUGAUUUAAUUAAACGUGUCUGCUCUAUAGAAACAACUAAUCCUAAUGAUUCUUCGGAUUGUACCUCAGAAGAUACUGGUUGA